AUGGCUGGGACGUUUCCCACUGUUGCCAGCACAAGAUUUACGUCUCCGCGGCUACCUGGUCAGGGCUGUUUGAUAGGACUCAUGCAUAGCUGGAACCGCGUGCAGAUGUCUCCAAUACGAGUGCGAUUCAACCAAGACCGUGUGGAGGGUGCACGCCACCUUGUGUCGCAGCUACGCAAGGGUAACGGCCUCUGCUCCAAGAUUCUGGGGCCACUUGAGCGCCUUAUGGAUGCAUACAUUCACCUGGCAUACCUGGACCCACCCAAUGCACCACGAGGACAAAUUCGGCUCCCCAGGGACACACCACUGCUCAAGUUGGGACCAAUGGACAGCAUACCUGUGCUGACGCAAAAUGUUGAGGUGGACCGCAGUGGCUCAUAUUGUAAGGUGUCAGGAAUUUUGAAGUUUUCCACACAUUAUCGACUAUGCGGAGGCAUCAACAAGCCAAAGGUCAUCGCCUGUGUCAGUCAAGAUGGCUGCGAGUACAAGCAGCUUGUCAAGGGCCGUGAUGACUUGCGCCAGGAUGCAGUUAUGCAACAGGCCUUUGGCCUAGUCAACUGCCUGCUUGCUCAGAAAGAGACUGCUGGGAGGCUGGCCAUGCGCACCUACAAGGUGGUUCCACUUUCGCGCCGCAGUGGCCUGGUGCAGUGGUGCGAUGGGACGCAGCCCUUCUCAGAGUUCCUGCUCACACCACAAACAGGGGCCCACCAGCGCUACCAGCCACAGGACUGGACAGCGGCGACUUGCCGCUCUGCCAUGCAGAAAGUGCACAAGGGUUCCCCGGCGGAACGCCUGCAUGUCUACCAGGAAAUCUGCAGCCACUUCCACCCAGUUUUCCGGUACUUCUUCUUCGAGCAAUUCCCAGAACCCAGCCGAUGGUUUGAGCGACGCAGGGCGUACAUCCACAGUGUCGCCACAGGAUCAGUAGUUGGCUACGUGUUGGGACUGGGAGACCGUCACUGUGCCAACAUUCUUGUUGACAAGCAUUCGGCAGAGCUGAUUCACAUUGACCUAGGACCGGGUGGCAAAGAGUUACAUAGUACGUGGCUCAUGAAGGAGGAUGCCGCAAUGACACCGACGGGACGCUGCAAGAAGGCAUCCCCCAGUGAAGUUGCGACGUGGGUGAAGGACGUGUGGAAGGACUUGCCAGCGGAACUUAUCACGACUGGUUUUAAAAAGUGUUGCAUUUCCAACGCGCUCGAUGGCAGUGAGGAAGACGUCCUUUGGGAUGCCGAGGAUGCCUGUGAAGAAUCCGACAACUUUCUUUGCACAUCUGACGGAGAUGACGCUCCCGGCAGCGACUAG